UAGUCUAUCUAAAACGAAACGCGUCUCAGAGCCCUCCUCUUGUCCACGCGCGUACAACAAACAUGAAAAGUCUUUUUAAAAACGUUUUCAACGUUUAUGUAACUUAGAUGAGGAGUGUUCGCGUCUGCUGCACCAAGAGCCAAAUCGACAUUGUUGUCAUUUCUUUCGAAGAUGAGAUUUUUUGUGGUCCUGUCAAAGAUGAAAAUGUUCCUCGAUUUCGGCGUCCAAAAUCAGACGUUCAUGGGAUUUCGGCAUGAUCGAAAGAUCAACUACUGCAGCGUUGGCCUUAUCUGGCCCGCCUGAUUUCCACUCAAAAUGAGAUGCUCACAAGUUCCCACCCCCGUUGGCAUCCCGACACCAAACAAGAAGAAGAAGAAGAAAAUUGCUCAAGAUAACAGCCUUCCUCCCAUUGAUGCGCUUGCUCACAAACAGAAGAAAAGAAAACCACAAGAAAACAUCUUCCUUCCUGCUGAUGUGCACACAAAGAGGAAGAAGAGAGCACCAGAAGAAGAAAACAUGGCUCUUGCUGAUGUACACACCACCAAGGAAGAACAGAAGAAGAAAAGCGCAGACUACAACAACAUACUUCUUUUGGCUGAGGGCCACACAAACAAGGAGAAGAAGAAGAAGAAACUAGAAGACAACAAUAGUGUCCUUCCUGCUGACAAGCACACUCACAAGAGGAAAAGAGAAGAAAAAGACAACAACGGCCUUCCUGCAGAUGUGCCCGCCAAGAAACGCAAGAAGAAAAGAAAACAAGAAGCAGACGAUGACCGAUUUCUUCCCGCUGAAGACGACGGCGACAACAUGGUUCCUGCUGACGUACCCGCUAGCAAACAGAAGAAGAAGGAAACAGAAAAAGAAAUGGAACAAACCGUCCUUCUUCCUGCCAAUGGCUGCACCAACAACAAGAAGAAGAAAAUAAAAGAAGCCAACAGUGUCUUUUCUGCUGACGAGCACACUCGGAACAAGGAGAAAAGAGAAGAAAAAGACAACAACGGCCUUCCUGCGGAUGUGACCGCUAAGAAACGCAAGAAGAAAAGAAAACAAGAAGCAGAAGAUGACCGAUUUCUUCCCGCUGAAGACGACGGCGACAACAUGGUUCCUGCUGACGUACCCGCUAGCAAACAGAAGAAGAAGGAAACAGAAAAAGAAAUGGAACAAACCGUCCGUCUUCCUGGCAAUGACUGCACCAACAACAAGAAGAAGAAAAUAAAAGAAGCCAACAGUGUCUUUUCUGCUGACGAGCACACUCGGAACAAGGAGAAAAGAGAAGAAAAAGACAACAACGGCCUUCCUGCGGAUGUGACCGCUAAGAAACGCAAGAAGAAAAGAAAACAAGAAGCAAAAGAUGACAGAUUUCUUCCUGCUGAUGUGCAGAAGAAAAACAAAAAAGCACAAGAAAACAUCAUUCUUCCUGCUGACGUGCACCCUCACAAACGGAAGAAAAAGAAGAAAAGAGCAGAAGAAGAAAACUGCUCCCCUGCCAAUGUGCACGCAAAGAAGAAGAAAAAGAAAAAAGCACAAGAAAACAUCAUUCUUCCUGCUGACGUGCACCCUCACAAACGAAAGAAAAAGAAGAAAAGAGCAGAAGAAGAAAACUGCUCCCCUGCCAAUGUGCACGCAAAGAUAAAGAAAAAGAAAAAAACGGCAGAGGAAGAAGAAGGCGGCGUCCUUCCUCCUGGCGUGCACACGAAGAAGACUGUGAUGUCGGAGGUGGACGAGGUCUCCAUGGCAACCGUGGAGACGGAACCCAACAAAACGGAAAAAAAGACGCCGGUGAGUGCGGCGACGACAGCGGCGCAGGCGGUUCCCGUGGAGACGAGCGAGGCGGAGGAAGAGAGUGUCAUUGCGACUGCCGAUGACAUCGCUGUCCCCAUGGAAACCAGCACAACCAAACAAGAUGACCAGUCGCACCCUGUUUUGGUGGCGGAGUUGGAAGAGUUUGUUGGCAGCGUGAAGAAUAGACCCUUGGGUGAGAUCAAGUGGCUUCUGCGUCACGACCUGCAUCGCUUCCGACUCUUCAAGGAGCAAGGCCUGUCCAUCCGUUGGGGGCGCUUCACUCAGGAGGAGAAUCAGCGAAUCCGAGACAACAUGGCCCACUUCCUGGCUAUGACGGGCGUGAGCUCCAGCGAUCAGAUUCUCUUCCCUUGGCGCUACGAGUACCUAGAGAAGAACAUUAAGAAGCUCAAAAGAGAACAUGGCUUUAUGGAGGCCAUCGCUGAGGGAAUCCCGAGGCCGUGCAAGCAGGUUCUGACCAGAGCUUUAAAGAUCGACUACAGCAACCACAUGGGACAGUUCUCCACGAAGGAGCUCCAUCAGCUGGUCAAGUUGCAGAAGCGCCACGGCAACGAUUGGCGACGUAUUUCUGAGAUGAUGGGCCGCAGCAUCUACGCUGUACAGAAACGCUUUGCCAACAUUGCAUCCGGUCGAGGCAGAUGGACAUCGGAGGAGGAGGACCGGCUGAAGGAAGCUGUCAAGACUUACCUGGAGUUCGUGGUUCAACGAAGCUCAGCUGGUUCCAAGGACAACGGCCUUUUGAGACUGCGGCAACUAUGUGCUAAUUUGCCGUGGACGGAGAUCAGCCAGCACGUGCAGACCCGACACUGGUGUCAGUGUCGGCUCAAGUGGUUCAGCAUCCUAAAGCAUCGGCUGUCUCAGAAAAACCAUUGGAAAAAACCUGAAAGACUGAAGACUAAAAUCCACCUGAUUGAAACGUUGCACGCUUUGGACGUGGAGGAUGCGAGGGACAUCGAUUGGGAGAAGGUCGCUGCUUUCGUGGGCGGCGUGACUCCAGUUUGCGUCCAGAAGCUUUUCCGAAACCUUAAAGUCUCCAACGUUCCCGACUGGUCUCGCCGUUCCUACGGAGAGAUAAUCGACUUCCUGCAGGAGCACGUUACGCCGUGCCUCGUCGAGAGGCUGCGGCACUGCGACAAAGAGGAGGCGGAGUGGGAAGCGCCCCGGAACGACACGUACGCUCUGUUCAAAAUCUUCGCAUCAGGAGAAGACGGCGAAUUUGUGGAGGUGGACAACACUCAGCCGAGCAGACGGCGUUCGGAACACUUGCUUGAAUGCGCACCUUUGAGCGCUAACCCUCAUAGGAAGUCUCCUCAACGACAGACGAUCAGCCUAACAGCCAAUCAGAUGCCCUAACUACAGACGAUCAGCCUAACAGCCAGUCAACGACAGACGCGAGCGCUCAGUAAAGCAAACGCCAAACGUUGCGCUUGCAAAGUUUGAAUGCGCACCUCUAAGCCCCGCCCCUUCCUCAGAAACUAGUUUUUUUGUCUUCGUUCCAUAAAAAGGGUUCUUAAGUCUUGACAUUGUGACAGCUUCCUUCAUUGCCCUCAUAAAAACAAGAAGUACAUCUGAUAGUCAUUCGUACGCGGUGUCGGUAAGAUUCUAACUACACGUAAGAAGAUUAUGUAAUUGUAAUCCAUUACAUUAUUGGGAAAAAGUUUGUAAUUAAAUUAGUUGCUUUUGGAAAUUUCAAUGAUUAUAAUUUGGUGAUACGAUACAACAUAAAAUAGCAUAUAACAUAGGUCUGGCUGGAACUACGUUUUCACAGAGAGUAGCCAACCUUUGAACAACAAAGUAACAGGCCAAUUAAUGUGUUUAGAGAUAUAACUAUAAAAUAAUUCACAUCCACACAGGACGCCGCGUCUGAACCAGAAAUGAAUUAGUACGUCACUUCAGAAUGUGGGAAAUUUAAAAUUAGAUAAUAAUAACAAAUUGUAUUAUAAGAGAACAUAUUAGUACCACUGUCAGGUUCAAACAACCUAGAACAUUUAAU